GACCGGGAAUGGAUGGGUGUCCCCUGUAGAAAAGGGGGAGGCAAAUGCUUCUGGUCCCGCCCAGGGUGGAAUGGUGGGACGGGCUUUCUGUCUUCCCCUCUGUUUCCUGGCUGUUCUGGACUGGGCCAAAGGUGCGCCUUGUGGGCGGGAUAAGGAGUAAGUAGGGCCACCCCCAGGGUAGAAGCCUCCUCCAGGCUUGGCUAUCGUGCGGAGAUCACCUCCACAAUGGGGGUGCUCAGGAGCCUGUCCGGACCCUCCAAACUGGUCCAUGCCAGCAGCACCUUGGACAGAGCCCUGACUGCGGUGUGGAACUGGGUGGCCAGGCUGUGCCAACAAGGGUGGGUGCCAACCUGGGGAUCGUGGGAAGGAUCAGGUGUGAAAUGCCGGGGGACACGAAAUGCCAGGUCACUCCAGAGGAUGCGGAACCAGGACGUCGGGCCCCAAAUCAACUACCCCAUGCAGAUGAGGCUGGAACUAUAUAUAUUAUCCUAAGAGGAGGAGGAGAAGGAGGUCUGGGGAGCCCUGGAGGAGCUCCCCACCGGCCCUGCCCAUUGGCCUGGGCAGGGCAGACGUCAGGAAUCUAGCGCGCCAAACAGCAGGGUAGCGGGGGCGAGGAGCGGGGCGGAGCCUGACGUCCCCUCCCUCGUCCUGCCGCGCCUGUCCUCCAGGCUUCCGUGAGAAGACCCGCCGCUGCUGCUGCUGCCUCUAAGCGAGCGCGCCUUCCCUGCACGUAGCCGGCCGCUCUGCUUGGACGCUGGGGUCCCCAGCCUCUGUCCACGAGUGGAGGCAGCGGGCUCGCGCAGCGCAGGGAGUGGGCCGGGACCACUGGCUGUUGUGUGCGGCAUUUCCGCGCAAGGCAACGAGCAUGAGCUUCCCGGAUCUGCAGCCCCACUGAAGAGCAGGCCCUGCAGCAGGAGAAGCGCGAGCCGCCCGCGCUGCUCGGGGCCAUGGCGUUUCUGGCCGGGCCGCGCCUGCUGGACUGGGCCAGCUCGCCGCCGCACCUGCAGUUCAAUAAGUUCGUGCUGACCGGCUACCGGCCGGCCAGCAGCGGUUCGGGCUGCCUGCGCAGCCUCUUCUACCUGCACAACGAGCUGGGCAACAUCUACACACACGGGCUGGCCCUGCUGGGCUUCCUGGUGCUGGUGCCAAUGACCAUGCCCUGGAGUCAGCUGGGCAAGGAUGGCUGGCUGGGGGGCACACACUGUGUGGCUUGCCUGGCCCCCCCUGCGGCCUCAGUGCUAUAUCACCUCUUCAUGUGCCACCAAGGGGGCAGCCCCAUGUACGCCCGGCUCCUCGCCCUGGAUAUGUGUGGGGUCUGCCUUGUCAACACCCUCGGGGCUCUGCCCAUCAUACACUGUACCCUGGCCUGCAGGCCCUGGCUGCGCCCAGCUGCCUUGGUGGGUUACACAAUGCUGUCAGCUGUAGCUGGCUGGCGUGCCCUCACAGCCCCCUCUACCAGUGCGCGGCUCCGAGCUUUUGGUUGGCAAGCUGGGGCCCGCCUGCUGGUGUUUGGGGCCCGUGGAGUAGGGCUGGGUUCAGGGGCUCCAGGCUCCCUGCCCUGCUACCUGCGCAUGGAUGCACUGGCACUGCUCGGAGGGCUGGUGAACGUGGCCCGCCUGCCAGAGCGCUGGGGGCCUGGCCACUUUGACUACUGGGGCAACUCCCACCAGAUCAUGCACCUGCUCAGCGUGGGCUCCAUCCUCCAGCUGCACGCCGGUGUUGUGCCUGACCUGCUCUGGGCUGCUCGUCAUGCCUGUUCCCUGGACUGAGCUGCCUUCUGCCUGCCCAUGGCCUCUUGGGGCCAAUAAAGCCACUGUCCUUCCUUCUGCCAAUCUUCGAAGGGAAGGCUCCCUGGAUGCUACCAGUGCAGAGGACUUCCUAACUGAGAUUCCUCAUCUCUUUUUCCCUGUGGACUAACCUCUCCUACCCAGUCCUGGAACUCCCAACUUCCCUUCCCUGCUUUCUUUACUUCUCUACUCUGUCAGCUGGAAGGACAUCCCCCACGCACCUCUCUAUCUUUGUGACCUGUAAGGGCUGGACAGAGGGACUCUGGGGUCAUAUCUCGCUCUGACAGUUGGAGUCCUGCCCACUUAUGCCAUUAUGCCCUCCCUGCCAGUCUAGAACCAUCAUCCUACCCUGCCCCUCCCAUAAGAGGCCAGCCCCUCUGCCCCUGCUUCAUGAUCUCCAUCUGUCCCCCCUGCAUGCCUCCCCAACAGCCAGAAGCUUCCCUUUCCUGUCCAAGAGACAGGAGUAAGGGUAUGGGGCAGCAGGGCAACCCUCUUGUCCUAGGACCAAGUAGGCACUGGCCCUUCUUGAACCAAGUGGCCAAGAGACAGGAGGUCACUAGCUGCUUUUCCCAGGCAACAGGCACAGAUGUAGAGUGAAUGACUCCAGGCCUAUGCCCCACGUAAGUGCCAUGCUUUGAUGAUCCAACCUGCCCACUUGGGGAUAUGCUCACUCAGGAAAUCUCUGCUCCACACAGUGUGUCGCUCCAGUCCUCUGGCCUGAGGCUAGGGUAACGGGGCUCUGCAGCAGGGCUCAGCCUCAGGACAGGAUCCUUCCAGAGGCCCAAGACCCUGGGCAACAUUAACAAAGGGACAGGAGGGGCCGGGGAUUUAGCUCAGUGGUUCCGCUGCCUGCCUUGCAAAUGCAAGGACCCGAGUUGGAUCCCUGGUACCAAAAACAAAACAUUUUUUUUCUAUACCAUGAAAAAAAAAAAUAAAGGGACAGGAAGCACUGUGUUGCUACUCAAGCAA